CAUUCACCUGUUUCCGUCCAUUUGAAAAGUGAGGCGUGUUCUCUGAAUAUUUUACCAAUGAACUUAGACACAAUUGGUACCAAAGUUCAAGGAUUCUCAAGUGCACACUCCUCAAGGAAAGGCAAGAGCACUCGGGAGUUUGAAAGACUGAAAUGAUUGGAUAAUAUUUGGGCUCCACUGAAAAGAAAUGCACAUUUUGACAGCAUCGGCCAAAUAACUUAAGGGUCUAUCGAAAUAGAGGAGUACACAAGUGAAGAGGAUGGCAGAGAGCAAGACAAGCAUCAACUCAAAGAGAGAGGCCAAUGUGUUCACUAAACGGGUCCAGAAACAAUUCAACAGGGCGCAGGAGAAGGUGUUGCAGAAGCUUGGUAAGUCAGAUGAGACCAAAGAUGAGCUCUUUGAGCAGUGUGUGAUAAACCUCCAAGACCAGCAGCACGAUGCAUACAAAAUAUACAAGGACCUGAAAGCGUACCUGAAUGCUGUCAGCGUAAUGAGGGAUGCCUCAAGUCAACUGUUUCAGUCACUCUAUGAUGCUUAUGACCCUGAGUGGGACGGCGCAAUGGAUCUUGGGGCAGUUGUGGAGGGUGAAGAUCUUCUAUGGAAUGACUAUGAGGCCAAGCUGCGAGAUCAGGCGUUACUCACCAUGGGUUCUUACAUGAGCCAGUUUCCAGAUGUCAGGGAAAGAGUGACCAAGCGAGGCCGGAAACUCGUAGACUAUGAUUCCUCUCGCCACCACCUGACAGGACUGAAGAAUGCAAAAAAGAGGGAUGACAUCAAAAUAGGCAAGGCAGAGGAUGAGAUGAAAGCAGCCAAGACGAUCUUUGAUCACAUAAACAAGGAGCUGAAGGAGGAAUUGCCUAUUCUAUUUGACAGUCGGAUUGGAUGCUAUGUCACAGUCUUCCAAGCCAUUUCCAACCUAAGAGACAUCUUCUACAAGGAAAUGACCAAGAACAAUCAGGAUCUACAGACUGUGAUGAAAGAGUUGAGUGUCCAGCAUCCAGACAAGAGCUUUGUGGUGAAGAACUUCAACCGUUCAGGUUCCUUGAUGAGAAGAUCAUUUAGAGAAGCUUUGUCUCCGAAAUCUCUUAAAGGCUUUUAUGAUUUCCACGUCAGUAACAGCCCCAGGGGCUCUCUCAGGAGAGGCUACUCAUCCAGUUUUAGGUCUGACAGAUCAGUGUAUGAGUCUUACAGCCCUAAACAGACCAGACCCACCAGCCCCCAACUCCUUUAUGAUAACGUCCCAGGUGCAAGAGAUGCAGAAAGCAGCUCCACUAGCAUAGCAUAUCCCUCAGAUGAGGGCACCCUUUCUCGUGAGCCACAGGUGGAUGACACCAGCUUCUCUGAAGAUAAACCAGUUGAAGAGGAGAAGAAAGCCGAGAAGAGAGAGUCUUUACCAGCCCCAGAUCAAGAUGGACAGGAAGAUAGCCGUGCAUCAAAGCACGACUUAUCUUCUGAGGCUGAAAGUAAUGAGAAUGAACUGCAACCAGACACUAAUUCCACUGAAUGCACCAAUAUCAAAGCCACCACGGCCCCCGAUGGCUCUCCGGAGCUAGAGAAGGUGAAGGAGAUUGGAAUAGCUUCUAACAGUCAAUUAGAUGUGGAACAAACAGGAGCUUCUAGCGACGGGAGUUCUGUGCAGGCCAUUAACAAAGGCGACCAUUCGUCAGGAGAAGGGAAGCAGGAAGUGAAAACAGAGGCCACCCCUAAAUAGAAGAAAGGAAAGAUGCAGGAUCUUUUGGCAGUACACUGGAACCUGCAAUCUGCGGAACAACUUGAUAACUUUCAAAAUGCUGUAUCAAUGUACUUGUCAUUUUGUCUGUUUAUCUGUAGAGGUUUAUGAUGCAACAAUGUGCAGUACAGUUUUUUUAUUUUUAGUAUUUAACUUGUUCUGUCUUAGUCACAUGAUUUUCACCCGUGGAGGGGUUCCUUAUUUUAAGUAUGUGAUGUUUUUAAUCUAAUGGUCUUUACCUGAGAGCAAUUUAUGUUUAAUGUAUCUAAUAAUUGACAAGAUUGUAAUUUAUGCAGCAAACAAAUGGAAACAUUUCGAAUGGACAUCAUUGUAAUGACCCCUCAUUAAAUAACAUUUACUA